CAUGACCGGGAAACAAGGCGCCGUGCUGUCGGAAAGUUUACCCGUAUCGGAGAAAACCUCUCUGGGUGCGAAUGGAGGGAGGAACAGCCACCAGCCGAAGAGCAGCGCGACCCAUCCGCCGCCCAGGUGCACCGGCUUCGGCAUCCAGGAGAUCCUGGGGCUGAAUAAGGAGCCGUCCGCGGCCCCGAGGAGCCCGCUGAGCUCGCUGCCGGCCGCGGCGCACCUCAUCGCCGCUCGGUCCUUCCUGGGCCCCGUCGGCAUGGGGGUGGGAUUAAUCGACCCCUGCAGAAUACCGUCGUUUUACAGACAACCGAUGUUUUUAGAGUCUGUGCUCUCGAGCGCACGAGACGUUCACCUGCAGCCUCACAGCAGGUCCGUCGGGCCGCUGGACACCAGCCAGUCCGCCAGCUCAGACUCAGAUGAUUUGUCUUCAAAUGAAAGAAAACUCUCAAAGUCGUCAGUAAGUCAAAGCAAGAAACGGAAGAAAAGACGUCACCGGACGAUCUUCACCUCCUAUCAGCUGGAGGAGCUGGAGAAGGCCUUCAACGAGGCGCACUACCCGGAUGUGUACGCCCGAGAGAUGUUGGCCAUGAAAACAGAGCUACCUGAAGACAGAAUACAGGUGUGGUUUCAGAACCGCAGAGCCAAGUGGAGGAAGAGGGAGAAAUGCUGGGGCCGCAGCACAGUGAUGGCCGAGUACGGGCUGUACGGGGCCAUGGUGAGGCACUCCAUCCCGCUGCCAGAGUCCAUCCUCAAGUCUGCCAAGGACGGCAUCAUGGAGUCCUGCGCCCCCUGGCUGCUCGGGAUGCACAAAAAGUCCACGGAGGCGGUGGUCGUCCCGGCAACGGGGCAGUGUGAUGCGGCCCAGCAGCCGAGCUCUCAGAGGGCGGUAGAAGCCGAGGCGGAGGAGAAGAGGUCAGAGGGCAAGUCCACCAUUUCUAAAGAGGAACUGAGAGAGAACAGCAUUGCUGCACUCAGGGCCAAGGCACAGCAGCACAGUGCCAAAGUGCUGGGGACGGUUUCUCAGGACAGACUGCUGGACGAGCCCCAGGAGAGAGCGGCGGCCGAGGAGAAAGCCGCUGAUCCCCUGAGUCCUGCAGAGGAGGAGAGAAGUCCCUAGAGGCGCUCACGUUCCUGUGGACUGGUCAUGAGUGAACGCAGUGGGCUGCACGUCCCCAACAUGAGUCAGUGUCCAGCAGGUGCUCAUCCCUCAGGGACUCCAUCACUGGCUGCUCCUGGACUUCUCUGAGAGGAGAACUCAUCUGGCUGUCACCGGUUCACUGCUGCACAGAGGAUGCAAAAUGCACUUUUUCUGAUUUACUUCCAAAUCUACAGUUAUUGUUGCUUAUGCAUCGUAUGAUUUGACUGAGUGGGAGUAAAGUGUUAAUAUGGGUGUAUAUAUAUCCCACAGUUAUAGAGAGCGUCAGAUGAGUACAAUUUAAUGAAGUAACACCGUUAUAUUAAUUUAGGACUACC